AUGGCGGCCGUUACCUUCUGCGCCAGAAACGUUCCCUACCUGUCGGGUCGGGUGCUCGUUCAGACCUCGCUGCGACAGGUUCAUGACCGAGAUGCAAUUAUCAAGCAUUGCCUCACGUACGCAGCGGGUUUCGAACAAGCCGGUGUCCCGAGAGAUCGAUUCGCCAUCAAGUUGCCAUUCUCGGGAUCUGCUGUCUCGGCGGCUCUUGAGCUCAACGCACAAGGUAUCCGCACGCUGGCUACGGCAGCCUUCUCUCUUGAACAGGCAAUCGCAGCCAGCCAGUCAAAUUGUCUGUUCAUCAGUCCAUACUACAACGGGUAG